GUAAAUAUCUUCAGCGAAGUGUCGCAGUCGAGCGUCUGCGCGUUUGAUUGGACCUCCACUCAAUUAAACAGAUUCAGACAACCCAUAAUAACAAAAUAGCACAGGAAGCUCACAUCCUCAUGGAUGAAGAGCCACGGGUUCGACACCCAAGGUUUUUGUGAAUGUGUGGUGCACCACUACAUAAUUUAUUUGAUUUCUUUGCUGAAUAAAAGUUGCGCCGUUUAGUGACGUCACGGUUUGUCUGCCUACCAGUCAUGACGCACGCGCUCAAAUGGUGUCACGCUGCGACGCGGCGCGAUCCUUUCGGGCUCUCGGGCUUCAUGACGUCGACGCCGCCGAAAUGGCGGCGCCGUAAAUAGUCCCAGUUGGCCCGCCUCACCUCAGACGCGCGCUCGCAGCCAGCCGACGACCUCCUUCGAACACUUUGCGCAAAGAAAUGGAUUCCGAUCCCAACGGGACUUUGGUCGACUUCGCGGGAGGAGUCCAGCUCCUCGAAGGGGAGGACAUCCGGACGGCCGUGCCGGCGUUGCUCGUCGGCAUGUGCGUUUCCGGCGCCGCGGGCAACCUCCUGGUGUUGCUGGUUUUCGCGCGCGACUUCCGAGCGGGUCAAGGCUCCGAGGCCAAGGCUCUGCUCGCUUCAGUGGCCGCUACGGAUGCGCUCCUCCUGGUUCUGUGCGCCCCCGUGCGCGCUCUCGCCGCCUACAAGCAAGCCUGGGUCCUCGGCCGCUUCGCGUGCGCCACCGCCGACUGGUUCCAGCACGCCUGCCUUGUGGCUAAGACGCUCCUCCUGGCGGUCAGCACCCGGGCCAAGCACACCUCGGAGGGCGGGGCCGCCGCACACUGUGGCUGGAUCCUCUGGGCCGUGGCAUUGGUGUGGCUGCUGUCCAUGAUGUUGCCCAUCCCGCAGAUGCUGUUCUCCGCGUUGCAGCCGCGCGGUGCGCACGACGUAGUGUGCGUGUCACAGAUGCCGGCGUGCGCGUCGCGGUUCAUGGCCGUCUUCUACAAGAUCUACCCCACGGCCACCUACGUGGCUCCAGUGCUCUUCACCGUGGCUUACUACACUAAGAGCCUCCACCGGGCGCUCAAUUACGCGCCAAACCCGCGCCGCCUGAGCAAGGUGACGCUGGUGCUGCUGUGUCUAAGCACCACGCUCGGGCUCAUGCUGCUGCCCGAGUGGGGCACUUUCACCUGGGUCCGACUGGGCUACCACAAGCCCCCCGCGGGAGUGCUCCUGUGCGCGCAGGUGCUGGUGUACGCCUGCGGCGCCCUCUCGCCGGUCCUGCUCGUCACCAUGUACGACGACGUGCGCCGCGGCUUGGUGGCACUCUGCAUGGCGGCCGCCUGCCGCGGCGCCAAGGCGCCCGGAGCCUCCAAGACAACCGAGGGCAACGGAGCCGAGCUGGGCGGCGCGGGUGCCAACGCGGUGCUCGCCAACGCUGAGAAGACCUUCCCGGAUGUGGAGCACUUUUGGACAGGGCGCAGGAACACGCAGGUGGAGGAGGAGCAGGACCCCAUCCCCUGGGAGAAAGAAGAGAAAAUGCUCUAGUCUCAUCGUCGUGCAUUCGAGAUUGCUACUUGUCACGGAGGAAGAGAAGCAGCCUGCUCCCACAUCAGGGGUGUCCAAACCUCCAAGAGGUGCCAUGUCACCUCGUGUUUAGAAAACAAUGGUCAAGUCAGUUUCCUAUUGUAUAUUUAUAACUUAACACACAAAAAAGGAAAAAAAAUCAUUGUCAUAUUUAAUAUAACAGCAAUAUUUAUACAUGUGUAUUAUAUACUGUUUACAUGUGUAGAAUUUACUGGUAGCUUUUUAUUCCGUUUUUAUUUAAAAAUUGUUAUCUUGUAAUAUUCAAUACUUUUUGAUUGAGAAAUACUUUGUGAAUAAUAAUAAUUUGUGAAACUGUUCAUGUUUAUUUUAUUUUUGUGUUUAACUCUCCUGCCACGAAAGCAACAUAUGUUUCCUUUUCUAAAUUAAAAUCUGAGAUUUGUGUGGACUGUUAACCUUAUUUUAAAAAUGAUUUGCACUCGCAGUAUUAAAUAUAUCUGCAUUUUUGAACGCGGAUGAUCAACAAAACAUGAUCAGGUAUAUGGACUCAUCCCAACUAAAUCCGAGAUUAGCUCGCUUUUUAAUCGCAGAUAAAAACACACUCCAAUCGUUUUCAGAUAUGGAAACAUCUCACAUCUUCGCACUGCAUCCGCCACUAAUCUGUCGGGUCAAAAUCCUGCCUCGGCGAUUACAUGACGAAGCGCGGCAGCUCAAAAAAAGUCAAUAGGGUGUGUGACCUCAUUUUUAUUGUUUUCCAGCAACUUCGACACGAUCGAUAGUUGCAGACUCGCAUCAAGUCUUGUUGUUGUAGCUUGUGUUCAUGCUUGCCAAUCAGAAUCUCACUUCCGCAAAAUCUGCAUCAUGAAAUGUUCCAAAUUAAUUUCCUAUUUCAAAGUGUGCUGAUACGCCCAUAACGUCUGGCCUAAUUAAUCCGGUUGAACGCUGCAAUGCGGCUUCUUGUCACGUGGUAAAACUUGUUGAAUAAACAAGAUAUACAAGUCUGA